UUCAGUAAUGCCUAAAAGGCGAUCGACCGAUGUGUUUGAAGUGAAAAGAAAAAAAUGUAAGAUAGAAAAAUACGAAGAGUGUUUCGACACAUUCCUCCCUUAUCAAUCUAUAAUAGAAUUUUUAAAGAAACUCGCCCAAGAACACCCGACUAAGGUAAGACUUGCCACUUUGGGCGAGACGAACGGCGGCAACGAAAUUUACAUGGUCACCAUCUCCGACAGUCAGGACACCAAUAAAAAUGGAAUACUAAUAGAAGCUGGAAGCAACGGCGAGGCACCCAUGACUGUUGCCGUAGCUUUAUGUUUGAUUAAUCAUUUGGCAAAGAAUAAAAUCACCGCUUUGAUUAUGGACUAUUUCAUCAUUCCCUGUCUUAACCCAGAUGCGUAUGACUUUAUUCUUGAGCACCAGGAGGAAAGCAAAACUCAUUCGAGUGGUAGUGAUAGUGAUGAUGAUGAUGACGAAGAUGAUAAUGAUGAAGAUAACGACGUUGAUGAUGAUGAUGACGAUGGUGAUAAAAAUAAUUGUUCCGAUGAACAAGAUGAUGAGUCAGAUGAAGAAAAUCGAAAAGAAAACGAGAUCCAAAUAGACGUCGCCUAUAAUUACCCCUUCAUACUGGGGUUGACGGACUUCUCUAAAAUACCGACGGAUGAAUUCAUUGAUAAAAUUAAACAGUUUAAACAAAAUUUUAGGGGCGACUCGAAGGAAUCGAAUUCAUUUAAACACGUACUCAGGGAAUUAAACUACACCAUCAAACUGUUCAUAUCCAUACAAGCAAAUGGUGAGAACAUUUGUUAUCCUUACGGCUGUUACGAAGGGAGCAUGGACGAAUCUGAAGCAAACAAAAUCGCGCAGUUGGGACAGAAAGUUUUCAACAGACCGAUCACAGUUGGUGCAAUACAUGAUAUAUACGGUAUCACGUAUGGCAGUAUCAUCGAUUUCGUCGAACUUUUUUACGACACGAUCAAGUUUAAUUAUAUUUUAAACAUACACGCCAAGGAUGUUCGUCCUGGAAAAGAAGACAUAGAGAACUACUCUUCUGAAGUUAUUCAGUUCGUUAAAGCUAUGACCAGGGCUGUUUUUAUGUACUAUAACAGGACUCAAGAACGUUGCGAUGUAACAUGAAAUAUUAUUUAAGCAAAUGUUUUAAAAUGUUUUUAUUUUUGAAUAAAUUUUAUUUUAUUUUUUUA